GCCGAGCCCCGGGGCCGCCUCGUCCUUUGUGUGCGCCGGGGCACCGGGCACCGCCGGGAGCACCGGGAGCCGAGCCCGGGCGGUGAUAGCGGGGAGCGGGAGCGGCCCCGGGGCCCGGGGACCCCCCGGCGGCCCCAUGAAGGAGCCCGACGCCAUCAAACUCUUCGUGGGGCAGAUCCCGCGGCACCUGGAGGAGAAGGACCUGAAACCCAUUUUUGAGCAAUUCGGGAAAAUCUACGAGCUCACCGUCAUCAAAGACAAGUACACCGGGAUGCACAAAGGAUGCGCCUUCCUGACCUACUGCGCCCGCGAGUCGGCCCUGAAGGCCCAGAGCGCCCUGCACGAGCAGAAAACCCUCCCGGGGAUGAACCGGCCCAUCCAGGUGAAGCCGGCGGACAGUGAGAGCCGAGGAGAGGACCGCAAGCUGUUCGUGGGGAUGCUGAGCAAGCAGCAGGCGGACGAGGACGUGCGGAAAAUGUUCGAGCCCUUCGGCACCAUAGACGAGUGCACGGUGCUGCGGGGCCCUGAUGGCACCAGCAAAGGCUGCGCCUUCGUCAAGUUCCAGAGCCACGCGGAGGCCCAGGCCGCCAUCGCCGCCCUGCACGGGAGCCGCACGCUGCCGGGCGCCUCGUCCAGCCUGGUGGUGAAGUUCGCGGACACGGAGAAGGAGCGGGGGCUGCGGCGGAUGCAGCAGGUGGCGAGUCAGCUGGGAAUGUUCAGCCCCAUCGCCCUCCAGUUCGGAGCCUACAGCGCCUACACGCAGGCGCUGAUGCAGCAGCAGGCGGCCCUGGUGGCCGCGCACUCGGCCUACCUCAGCCCCAUGGCCACCAUGGCCGUGCAGAUGCAGCACAUGGGCACGGUCAACCCCAACGGGCUCAUCGCCACCCCCCUGCCACCCUCCUCAGGAACCAGCACCCCCCCGGCCAUGGCGGCCACCCCCGUCCCGGCCAUCGCGGCCCCGCUGAGCGUCAAUGGUUACAGCCCCGUGCCCGCGCAGCCCGCGGGACCCCCGGCCCCCGACGCCGUCUACGCCGGGGGGGUCCCCCCCUUCCCAGCCCAGAGCCCCGCGGCCCCCGGGGACCCCCUGCAGCAGGCGUACGCUGGCAUGCAGCACUAUACUGCCGCGUACCCGGCCGCCUACGGGCUCGUCAGCCCGGCCUUCGCCCCCCCGGGACCCCUGCUCGCCCCCCCGCCCCCCCCGCAGCAGCAGCAGCGCGAAGGCCCCGAGGGCUGUAACAUCUUCAUCUACCACCUGCCCCAGGAGUUCGCCGACACCGAGAUCCUGCAGAUGUUCCUCCCCUUCGGCAACGUCAUCUCCGCCAAGGUCUUCGUGGACAGGGCCACCAACCAGAGCAAGUGCUUCGGCUUCGUGAGCUUUGACAACCCCGCGAGCGCUCAGGCCGCCAUCCAGGCCAUGAACGGGUUCCAGAUCGGGAUGAAGCGGCUCAAGGUGCAGCUCAAGAGGCCCAAAGACGCCAACCGGCCCUACUGAGCCUGGUGCGGAGGCUCCGGAGCUGCACCUUUGGGUGCCCCCUCCCCCCAUUGCAGAGCAGCCCCUCCCCCACCCCCAGCGGUGCCCGGGGGUUGCUCGGUCCUGCUGGGGGGGGGGCCCCAGACCCCCCCCACGCUCAGGAAGGAUGGACCCCCCCUCCAGCCCCAUCCGACCCCCCCAGUCCCUCCCAGUCCCUCCCAGUCCAUCCCAGUCCAGCCCCCUCCCACAGCCGUUUUUGGGGGGGGGUCGUGCCCACCCAAAGGACCCCCCCCUCAUCUCCCCCUCCCCCCCCCCGGGGACCCUUCUUGGGGCUUUUCUCAGCAAACAGGACCAAAAGCAGCUCCAAACUGGGGGGGUCUCUGGGGGGGUCCUGGGGGGGUCCUGGGGGUCUCUGGAGGGUCCCAAAGGAGGGGACACGGCCCCUCCCCCCACAUCCCCCCGGGGGUGCAGCGGGACCCCAACACUGCCACUGCCACCCGCGCCACCCCCACCCUGCCCCAGCUUCCCUCAGGAUGGGCUGGGACUGGGGUAAACUGGG